GUACGAUAAGGACAUUAGGUUCGCAGUUUGUGUGUGCAUGUGGGUGUGGGGAUGUGUUUGUUUGUUUGUGUGUGGGUGUUGCAGAUGGAGUGACUAAUAGGGACACAUUGGUCAGAGUUACUCAGUUUGCAGCCGUGUGUUUGUCAACCAUCUUAACUGUCGGAUUGUGUCUGUUUGCUGGAGGUCGGUGCAUGUCACUGUUGACGACGUCGGUGUGGUAUCGAAGAUGUUGGCGUUAGUGCUUCUGUCCCUGGCCGCUGCAGGUAUUUCUUUUCUGUUUUAAUCAAAUGGUCUCUCAAAGCUUUAUAAUUGCGGCACCCACUUUAUCCAUCCCUGUGGCGCCACAGCCCAUGUAGAGCUUUGUCCUGCCUCACCACUUCCUUUCACUCAGACCAUCCAUCCAUCCCUGUGGCGCCACAACCCAUGUAGAGCUUUGGCCUGCCUCACCACUUCCUUCCAGUCAGACCAUCCAUCCAUCCCUGUGGCGCCACAGCCCAUGUAGAGCUUUGGCCUGCCUCACCACUUCCUUCCAGUCAGACCAUCCAUCCAUCCCUGUGGCGCCACAGCCCAUGUAGAGCUUUGUCCUGCCUCACCACUUCCUUCCAGUCAGACCAUCCAUCCAUCCCUGUGGCGCCACAGCCCAUGUAGAGCUUUGUCCUGCCUCACCACUUCCUUCCAGUCAGACCAUCCAUCCAUCCCUGUGGCGCCACAGCCCAUGUAGAGCUUUGUCCUGCUUCACCACUUCCUUUCACUCAGACCAUCCAUCCAUCCCUGUGGUGCUACAGCCCAUGUAGAGCUUUGGCCUGCCUCACCACUUUAGUAUUGUUAAUGCAACAUUGGCUGGUAGAUCAUGUCACUGUCACGUAGAGCCAAUGACUGGUAGAUCAUGUCACUGUCAAGUAGAGCCAAUAACUGGGAGAUCAUGUCACUGUCACGUAGAACGAAUGACUGAUAGAUCAUGUCACAGUCACUAAGAGUGAAUGACUAGUAGAUCAUGUCACAGUCACGUAGAGCGAAUGACUGAUUGGUGUAGAUCACAUGAGCAAAACCAUACUUACGAUUGCAAGGUAAAACAUAUCUUACUGGGUUGGGGGGGGGGAUUACCAAAAAACCUAAGAUAUUUUGCUUGGAUACUCCACUAACAUUAUUUUCGCCCCUCCCCCCCCUCCCCCCCAACUUUUCAGCGACCCAUUGUUUGCCUUAUCCUAACGGAUCCAAUCCCCAUGGCUUCUCCACCGCCCCUUUAACGGCGGCUGACUAUGAAUUCCUGGCAACGCUCCCCCGACUCAAGGCGGGCAGCCAGCUCCCUGGGUUCAAGUACAUCUACGUGGAGGCCGGGGGCCACACCACCCACACGCUGGACCACGCGAGGGUGCAGCUGGAGAUCGCCGGCUCCCCGCGCACGUCAGCCGCCGCCCUGUCUGCCGCGGCGGACUACGUCAUCAGGAUGACCCGUUACAUGCCGGCCGCCAUCUUCCAGAACGUCGCUCUAAAGUCCACGGUGGGCAUCUUCACGGCCCAGGAGAAGCUCAUCGUCUUCCCAGAGUACUACAGCCUGGCCAACGGCAACUGCGGCACGUCUUGUACAGGUACUUGUCUACAGACAACUUGUUCGUGUUUUGGUAACUUUGUUCAUGUUUUGGUACGUUUUCGACAUUACAGAUAUUGUAGAUUUUGUUCAUGUUUUUGUAACUCUUUUACGAUUUUUUUUUUAAAACGAAAUUAGAGAUGUACACAUUUUACGAUGUUUAAAUAGAAAAUUACGGAUGUACAAAUUUUACGAUGUGUUUUAAUACAAAAUUAGUGAUGUACAUCUUUUACUAUUAGUUUUUAAAUUUUUUUUUUUUUACAAAAUUUUAUUUUAGGAUCAUGCGCGCACACUUGCACUUUUGACGGCAGGAAGUACGAGGACAUCGCCGGGGUCGGAGGUCAGAGGGCAGUCAUCCUUGACGACAACAUUCUCUGCACAGCCCAGGAUCCUUACCACCACAACUUGAACAUACUCGCGCACGAAUACACACACACGAUCCACCAGUACGGACUCGACUCCGCGACCAAACAGCGCGUCACGAGCGCGUACAACUCGGCCAAAGCUGCCCACAAGUGGAACCUCCAGUCGUACGCCAUGGCCGACGAGAGAGAAUAUCUGGCCGUGGGCGCUUCCGUGUUCUUCGCGGUGAAUCGCAACGGAAGAGAAAACUCCGGAGGGAUGAACAUCUGCGGAGUCGAUUAUUGUUUGAACGAGCUUCAGGCAAGGAGCCAUCUCAACGCCGUGGACUCUCUGCUUUACGGCGCGCUGGCCCAUAUUUAUACAAAUGACCACGGGAGUCUGACAAGUGGGCUGUCGUUUUGUCCGGCCGGGAGCGUCGUCGGCUGAGCACUGAGCUGGUCUGAGGCUCGAUGGUUCAUUAGGGUCAAAUAUUAUAUUUACUAAAAGAUUUACUUCAAUGUGUUAAAAACUAAAAA